UCUGCUGCUUACUCUGCUUCAGUUAGUUUCUUAGUCUAGUAAGCUGUGAUUCAAUUUUUCUGUUAGAGUUAGUGGACCUGCUGACUCAGCAGAAGCUUCUAGGCCAGUAUUCAGUUAUUCAGAUUGUUACAAUACACACAUGCUCUUAGCCCCAUUCCUCUUUCUCUCCUCUCUCUGAAUUCUCUCUGAGGCCUAUACCUUUCACUCACCUUCCAAAUUUCAAAUUCUCUCUAUUUCUCUCUCUCGCGCUCGAGUAUAUAGUCUCGAAUUGGCAUGUCUGAUGAAGACGGAAGUGUGGAAGACGGAGGUGUGGAAGACGGAGGUGUGGAAGACGGAGCUGGAAUUUUUGAAUGCGUCAACUGUUAUGCCACAUUCACCACGAAGAUUGACUUGGAGAUCCAUUCGAAUAAUGCACAUUUCAAAUUUAGAGUUGUUUGCAUCAAAUGCGGGAAUAGGUUCGAGACCUCUUCCUCACACGAUCAACAUAAAAUUGAGUGCGUUUACUGGGCUCCUUUUAGGCAGCCACCGCAGCGGAGAGCCAGGCGUCAUCCCCGCCGUUGAUAUUGAAUCUAGAACAAGACUCAGUGUGAUGGCCUCAUCAGAUAUUGUGAGGGGAAAAACAUACGCCGAAGCGGUGGCCGUGUAUAUGGACGAUGAUCAGUGGAUCUUGUGGGAGAAAAAAGAGGUUCUAUGCCUUCAUGCUGAGCUUUGUAUGUGGGCUGAUGCCGUGGUCAUUGCUCCAUUAUCUGUACAUGCCCUUGGAAAGUUUGCGGGAGGAUAUUGUGACACUUUGCUAACAAGUGUUGUGAGAGCAUGGAACUGCGCAAAAAAGCCAUUGUUUGUAGUAUCAUGCAUGGACCCUUUGUGGAAGGAAAAUUAUAUCACAUUGAGAAACUAUAAUCACACUGGUAAUUCAGAAGCAAGAUGGGGAAAUGCCUGAGCCUGAUGAGAUUUCCAAAUUUGUGAGAAUACAUGAUGCUUUUGAAGAAUGUGAGAGUCAAAUUUCAGAUAUAUGUACUUAGAGACAAAUUUAAUGGAUU